UCCUUCAGUUUCAAAAUGGCGAAAGGCCGAAAAGGACACCAGAGAAAACAACGCCGGAUAAAGAACGAAUUUAAAGAGAAAUCGAAAGGCAAAAAGCGAAAUCUUAAAGAGUGUGCAGGAUCACAUUCGAACGAUACAGACCGUGAAGAUGGGAUUCUAGUUAAGAAACCGAAGAAGGAUUUCAGUCUUACGAAGAACAAUGAAUCAGAUAGUUCAGAUGGUGAACAGGGUGUUGGCAAUCCCUUUCUGGAGCUGGUCAAAUCAUUAGGUGCAGGUCCUGGAUCAUAUGGCAAUGAGUUGAAAGGGAAUUGGAGGGAUGAUGAGAGUGACAAAAAUGAAGAGGAAGAAAUUGAAGAGGAAAUGGGACAGAGUGAAAAUGAGGAUGAAGUAGAUGAGACUAAAAAACAAGUUAAUGGAGAUGCAGAAGCUGUUGGAAAACUUCAGGAAAAUGGUGAAGGCAAUAACGACAGUGAGGGUGAUGACGAUGAGGAGAAUGGGGUUGAUGACACUGAAAGCACAGCUGAUGAUUACAGAAUGGAAGCUGCUGCAGGCGAAGAAAGUGAAGAUGAGGAGGAAAGAGAUGAAAGCAAUGAUGCUGAUGAAAUGAAAGGAAAGUCUUCAGCAGGAUCUCAAGACCCAUUUACAGUGCAUUUUGAACAAGAUCUUUCUGAAACUACAGAGAAGCUCCUCAGUGAUCCCAGAACCUGGAAACAGAAAACAAGAAAAAUUCCUUCAUUUGGUAAUGUUACGGAAGUUAUUCCAUUAGCUGAAAGCUUACCCACCUUAGAUACAAGCACAGAAAAUGAAAUGUCAUUUGUGGAUUUGAAGAUAAAGUCCAGACUUGCUCUUUCAUGGCAGGCAAUCAAUAAGAUACCUAACUCUGAAGGGUUGUUUUCUCCACUUCAGCAAGAUCUUUUUUAUCAUAUCAAUGCAUAUAAGGAUGUUUACUUCUCAAGCCGCACCUUUCAGAAUGGUGAUGAAAUAAGAAGGCUAUAUUGUCUACAUGCUGUUAAUCACAUCUUGAAGACACGGUCAAGAGUGACGAAGAAUACUGCAAAAAUUGUUCAGUCCUGGAAAGACGGGAAUGAAAUUGGUGAACUCCGUGAUCAAGGACUUACAAGACCCAAGAUUUUGAUCCUGGUUCCUUUCCGUGAUGCGGCAUUAAAGGUGGUGGAGGUAAUCCUGCAUCUUAUCUGUCCAGAGGAAGGGGGUCAAGUUAUGAACAAGAAACGUUUCUAUGAGCAAUUUGGUGAAACAGAAGACGCAAGCAGUUCAAAAGAAAACAGGCCUGAAGAUUUUAAACAGAUGUUUGCUGGGAACAUUGAUGACUGUUUUAGGAUUGGAAUCUCAGUCAUGAAAAAAUGUGUGAAGUUGUACGCCAAAUUUUACUCAUCAGAUAUUAUUGUGGCUUCGCCUCUUGGACUGAGGACAAUCAUUGGAAAUGCAGGAGAGAAGUCCCACGAAUAUGAUUUCCUUUCAUCUAUUGAAGUCAUCAUUGCUGAUCAAACAGAUGUCUUCCUCAUGCAAAAUUGGGAACAUGUUCAGCACAUCUUCGAGCAUCUUCACCAGCAACCAAAAGAGUCACAUGAUGUCGACUUUUCUCGUGUCAGAAUGUGGUGUCUGAAUGGAUGGUCAAAGUAUUACAGACAGACCCUCAUAUUCAGCAGUUUUGUGUCACCUGAAAUGAACUCACUGUUUAACAGAAAAUGUUUUAAUUUUGCUGGCAAAGUGAAAGUUUGUUCAACUGAUGUGCCAGGCUCUAUUUGCCAAGUAGCUGUCCAGGUGCCACAGGCCUUCCAUCGUUUUGAUUGCUCAACUUUCUCAGAAGCCGCGGACAAACGAUUCCAAAUCUUUAUCAAUAAGGUUUUACCUGAUUUCAAAGGUUCCCUUAUGGGUCACACGGCCAUCUUUGUUCCAUCUUACUUUGACUUUGUGCGGCUGAGAAAUUACUUCAAACGUGAAGGCAUAGAUUGUGCGCAGAUUUCAGAGUACUCACAACCGAAAGAGAUACAGAGAGCCAGGACGUACUUUCAACAAGGAAAGAGACCGUUUCUUUUGUUUACGGAAAGAUUCUACUUCUUCUACAGGUAUCGCAUUCGAGGAAUCAAGAACAUCAUUUUCUACGAACUCCCGCACUACUCUAUGUUUUACGCAGAGAUUCUCAAUUUUAUGGAUACGAGGAGCAAUCAGUCGAAGUCUCAGAUGAAUCCUGUUACGUGUACCGUGUUAUACACAAAGUCUAAUGCACUACGUCUGGCCAGAGUGGUGGGCUCGCGACGCUGUGGUCACAUGAUCUCCUCUGACAGCCAUGUUCAUAUGCUUGUUACUGGGGAUGAGGAUGAAUGAAUGAAUGUACAUGCGUGGUAGAGCGAAAACUAAGGGAAAUAUCACAAGGAGCCGAUGAGAGCUCAAAAUGUUCCGUAAAAUUGGAUAUCUCGUGAUUACGCCGCUGCAGUUGACGCGUGAUUGCGCAUCAUUGGUGAGGAGGGCUAUGCGUGCUGCUAGAUUAAUUAAACCAAGGCGUAGAAAAUCUGUGUUAUGGACAGCACGUGGUUUCUUUACCUGAAGUGACGCAGUGGUCAGGGUACUGGAGUUAACUGACAAAGAAACCCCUCAGGGGGGGAUGGCCUCAUUUCAACUCGAAUUUCCCGCGCCGCGAUCAUAGUAAUGCAGACACAGAAAACGAAACCAUCAUUGGGCAACAAAAUAUUUUUAUUCUAAACUAGUCGAGUGUUAAUUUGCUCGUGACAACUAUUAGAACUAGGUGUGACACUCCCUUCCAAACAAUCAAUUAUCACCCCCAUACACACACACUGUUAAAUCAUUGAAGGUACUAUGCAAUCAAUCAAUCAAUCAAUCAAUCAAUCAGUCAGCGAAUCAGUUAAUCGUUUGUGCAGUCAGCCAGCUGGCGAACCAAUGAAUCAUUCAGUCAAUCAAUCGAUAACUAUAUCAAUUAAUCAAUCACUGAGUCGGUCAGUAAGUCUUGCAUUCCGUUAGUCCAUCAAUUUAAGAGUCCAUUAGCCGUUAGGCUAGUCAGUCUUUGGGUCGCUCAGUCAGUCAGGCAGUCAGUCAGUCAGUCAGGCAGGAGAUUAGUCAUUUUAGUCCGCACCUUAUCCCUAUUUAACCUUUCCCAGCGCAGAUAUUUAGUUAAAUAACACACCAUUGUUCUAUUCUUGACUUGAACAGUUGUCACCUUGACAGGCAGCCUCAAUAAUUAAAGAGUGAUGCAGAACAAAGACAAAUCGAAUCAAUUCCAAACUCAAUUAUCAUUACAAAUUUAUUAUACGCAUCAAUUGUUGCGUUUAAAUCGAUACACUAGAUUAUUUAAAAGCUGGCAGUGGAGAAGCCUUGUCGACAUCUGUGGAGCAGCGAAGACUGGGGUCUAGGCACUUACAGCGUCAUCUCACUACUGAAAAAUUCCGCCACUCACCACCCGUUUAAGUAAGUGGCGCUUCCAAUUGAAGCGUCAGGCCCGAACGAGGGGUAGGAAUUUGUAUCCCCAGCAAAGGCAACGUGAACUGUAACCAGAUGUAACUUGUGAUGCGAAGGCUAUGAAGGCUUUCCAUUUGGCCGAACUUAUGCAAGAACGUUUGCAUCGGUAUCUACA